AUGGCGCCGCUCCCCGACACGGGCGACGAGCGCCAGUCGCGUCGCGCCGAGCGCCAGUACGGCUCGGGCGAGAAGGGCGGCAACGGCGGUGGGAGCGCGCCCGGGAGCGGGUACAACACGCCGCGCUCGCGCAGCCAGGAGCGCUCGCGCGGCGGCGGGCUCGGCAACUGGGCGGGCCCCGGCCAGAACAACUCGCCGUACGGGCGCCUCGGCGACUCGAACCAGGCGAGCGGGUACACGUCGGCCGCGAGCAGCAACCCGAACCUCCAGUUUGCCGACGGCGACUUCAUCCCGACCAACGGCAACUGGUUCUCGCGCGCCUUCUUUGCCGUCCUCAACUCGCACUACAUCGUCCGCUGGAUCAUCUACAUCGUCCCCGUCCUCGCCCUCCUGUGGAUCCCCGGCAUCGUCCAGUUCACGGCCAAGCCCGACGCCAAGGUCUGGUCGGUCCCGCUCAAGUGGUGGUCGUGCUGGUUGACGGUGGUCUGGGUCGGCUGGUGGGCCGCCGCGCUCAGCGCCCGCAUGGCUCCUGCCGUCCUCACCCGCACGCUCGGCAUCGUCGCGCCCGAGCUGCGCCACUACAUCGCCUACCUCAAGGCAGUCCGCUUCUACGUCGGCCUCGCGGGAUGGGCUCUCGCCAUGUGGAUCUCGUUCUUGCCCCUCGUCAACGGUCGCGCCGUUCGUGGCUCCGACGGCACCGUGCCGUCCCAGUCGACGCUCAGCCUCAUCACGCAGGGCCUGUUCGGCAUCUUCCUCAACCUCGUCAUCCUCCUCGUCGAGAAGCUCAUCGUCCAGAUCAUUGCCCACAACUUCCACAAGCGCUCGUACGAGGACCGCAUCGUCGAGCAGAAGUUCCAGAUCUCGUCCCUCAUCGCCCUCUACCUCAACUCGCGCGACAUCGGCCGGUCCGACACGCUCGACGGCGCCAUGGGCCGCCCGCGCAACAAGCGCCAGACGUCGGACCCGACGCUCCUCAUCAAGAAGGCGCUCAAGGGUGCGCAAAAGGCCGCCCAGACGGCGACGACCGUCAUCGGCACCGUCGCGAGCGAGAUUGCCGGCGAGCGCGUCCUGCAGCCCAACUCGCCCCCGUCGAUGGUGACGAGUGCGCUCCAGAGCGCAAACAAGACCAAGCAGCUCGCGAGGCGCAUCUACUACUCGUUCGCGCCCAAGUACCGCGACGGCAUGGUGCUCGCCGACAUCUCGAGGUGCUUCAGGUCGCGCGAGGAGGCCGAGCGGGCCUUCGCCAUCUUUGACCGCGACUCGAACGGCGACGCGACCCUCGAGGAGGUCGAGAUGGCCUGCCUCGACAUCCACCGCGAGCGCCAGGCUCUCGCCCGCAGCAUGCGCGACAUCGACUCGGCUGUCGGCAGGCUCGACAACAUCCUGAUGACCGUGUGGUACAUCGUCGCCCUCUUGAUCGAGGCCGGCCUCCUCAACGCGAGCUUCAACACGAUGAUCGCGAGCGCCGGCACCUUCAUCCUCGGCCUGUCCUGGCUCAUCGGGACGACGAUGCAGGAGAUCCUCGCGUCGAUCAUCUUCCUCUUUAUCAAGCACCCGUACGACGUCGGCGACCGCAUCUCGAUCGACGCCGUCGACUACAUCGUCCUCGAGAUGCACCUCCUGUCGAGCAUCUUCAAGAAGGUCGACGGGACCGUCACGCAGGCGCCGCACUCGCUCCUCAACACCAAGUUCCUCCUCAACUACCGCCGCUCGGGCCCGAUCUGGGAGAGCUACACGUGGGACGUCGACUUUGGCACGCCGCUCGAGAAGAUCGAGGCGCUGCGUGCGCGCAUGCUCGAGUUCCUCGAGCAGGAGCGCCGCGACUUUAUCCCCGCCAUCGACAUCAGCAUCGUCGACUUUGCGUCGCAGGGCAAGCUCACGCUCUCGGCGCCGAUCAACUACAAGAGCAACUUCCAGAACGGCGCCCUCAAGACGCAGCGCCGCAACAAGUGGAUCGUCAGCCUCAAGACGGCGCUCGCCGAGCUCGAGAUCUACGGUCCCGCCGGCGCCGGCGACCCUGCGCCGGCCGCCGCCGACCCGGUCCUGUACACCCAGGUGCCGUGGGACGAGGUCAAGGCCAAGGCGGCCGAGGCGGCCAAGGCGGCCGACAAGACGCACGAGGAUGCGCGCGAGCACGACCCGGCGUUCAAGCGCGCGAGCGGGUUCGCCGAGGGCUUCAUCAGCCAGCGCGAGGUCGAGGACGAGGAGGCCGGCAAGGGCAACGGCGCGCUGCGCUCGCGUGCUGGCGGUGCUCCGCCGGCGUCGUAGAGCGGCGGCGCAUGCCCGUCGAGCGAGGACGGGAUCAGGAGGAGCGAGUCGAGGAGGCGCGAGCGGGACCGGGAGGAGGAGAGGGAGGGCCCAACAGACACUUCGCAGGAGACGCUUGAUGCGCUCUUCGAUGCGCGCAUUUGCUGCAUGCACAUAGAGCUUGACCAGUCCGCGUUGUCGAG